CAUAACAAAUUAGAACUUUUUUGAAGAGCAAAAGAUUUUCUUAACCAAAAAUGAAGAGCAUGAGUUAGCAACCCAAAGGUCAAAACCGUUAGAAGGUAGUUUGUUGAUAAGCAAUACAAAUGAAAAUGCAUCCUAAAACCAAAACAAAACUUUCAUUACUUCUCUUAUAAUCUUAUUACAUCUGUACCAAAAUCUCCCAAUUAUCAAACCCUAAAUCAAAUUCCCAAUUUCCCCAUUUGGAUUUGAAGUUGAAAUCACCUCAAACGAAGAAGGUUUCAAAGGCGCUUGGUAUUUAGCUGCUGUUAUUCACCCACCAUCUUCAUUAGAACACCAAACAGGAAAUAUUUUUGUUAAGUAAAGAAUUUGUUAGAUGAGAAUUGGAUUACUCUUUUGCAAGAAUUUUCUGAUGUUGAAUUUGUAAGGCCUAAACCUCCAAUUGAUGAAAAUGAUAAAGAUUGUUUUGCAUUAAACGAUGCGCUUUGCCAAGAUGGACGGUGGUGCGGGGUUGUUACUCCUGUUUUCUCUAAUAAUUUGUUUUUAGUUUUCUUUUUUAAUUCUCCCGAUGAAGUUGAAUUUGGGUCUUCUGAUUUGCGAAUUCAUAAGGAUUGGGUUGAUGGCAAUUGGGUUUUCCUUGAAAAUCAGAGAAUGAGGUAUUUAGAUCUUUAGCCCAAGGACAGCUGCCGAAGUGAACACUGAUCAAGAUAAUUCGUGCAGUGUUUGAUUCCCUGCAUCUAUCAUUAAACAAAGAUCAAGUGAAGUUGGACUUCAGAAAUUAGCUGUAGAUUCUCUUCAUAUUAGACCUUCACCUUCAAGUUCAAGUGACAAAGCCUUUAAUUUGUUGGAAACGGUUGACACUCUGUUUAGUAAGUGGGUAGUGACCAAAAUUCUUGCAGACGGAAGAUACAUUGUUUAUUUUCAUCGCACAAAAAAAGGAGUUGUUUCAUGCAAAUUUGAGGCUUGACAUGGAGUGGAAUAAUGGCAAUUGGAUUUAUAGUUCCCAGGAUACCUCAGGGACAUCAAAUUUUGAAAAAAGUUUGAACCUUGUUCUUAAUAAUUAUAACGAGGAGAAGACCCGCGUUCCAGAUGUUGCGAAGAACAAUGUUCCAUCAAAUAAUAUUCCUACCAUAUCCGGUAAGAGUGGUCAGAAAGAGUUCCAGACGCCUGGCAAUGAAACGGUCAAUUCCAGUAGCAUAGCACCUAACGACAAGAGACCUGAGCAGACAAGUGCUCACGGUGAUGCUAAUUUAUUCCGGUCUUCAGGAAGAUCGAAUGAAGAGCAUGGGACCUCAGCAAAUGUAAACUCCACUGCACCUGACGAUGCUCUACCGCCUAAGCUGAAACAAAGUAAAGAAAUCAGUCAUCCUUCGGAUCUUUUGGAGAUCAAGGACUAUGAAAAACAGUCUACCCCUAGAAAGAGGGGACGACCACCAAAGAUAAAGAUUUUAUCCUCAGAAAAUUCUCUUGAAGAUUUUAUUGUUCAAUUCCCAAGUUGCCAUGUGGAUAAUUUCGGACCUAGAGUUAUUGGGUUAGCACAUAGCGGCAAGGUGAUUAGUCCACUUGGUCAGAGAUCGAGUCAGCGUUUGAGGUUGGAGCAAAAAAAGGCUACGGAGAAUCGAGAGCAAAAUGUGGACGUUCAUGAAAGUGUAGUAAGCAAUGAGAGUGGGAUGCAAAAAGAAGGUGAAGUCACCAAUUUAAAAAGGAAGAGAGGCCGACCUUUUAAAGUACGUUCGCAGCUUGAUAGUCCAAAAGCAAAAGAAGCAGAUGUUGAUGAAAGAUCCUUUCCCGCUAAUGAAGUUGAGGAACCCGAUUCUAUUACCGAACCUGUUCCUACCGCAGAGCCUUGUGGAACCACUGACUCUACUCCCCCUGAGUUAUGUAUAAACCGCAUGAUGAACAUGAAUGAUCAAGUGAAGCGAUUGAGUGACAUACAUAGCCAUAAUUUAGGAAUUACCUCGAAAAGUCAAGAGAGAAAACAGAGAAAAAUCUCCAUUGGAUCUUUUAUGCCGGAUUUAAAUGAACCAGUGAAACAUGUUAUUUUGAAGAAAGUAAUGGAACAAAAAUCAACCCAACAGGUUGAACCUCAAACUGAAGAUAACUCGGGAAUCAGAGCCAUUGAGGAUCUUAACAAUGGAGUGGUGAGAGAUGUUGACGGACUAGUCACUGGAACCUCGAGCAAGGCUUCUGAUGAUGAAGCGCCGUUAUUGGCCUUGUUUGAAGGGACACAUUCUCUUCUCACAACUGAUUCACGGAUCUCUACUGGUGCGUCUGCUGAUGAAUGUAACGAGAGUGGAGGAAGAGACCAUACUAAGACUGCCCCGGCUGGUCAACGUAAUGAGAAGGAACAAGAUAAAAGGGAGUGUAAUGGAAUCCAAUUGCAAGACAAGAAUAUCAUCGGAAGACCAGAUGAGGCGCCAAUACAAUCGGAGUCUACUGCAAUUCUACCCGUGGAAGAGUGCAACUUGCCCUUUGUAAAGGAUUCAGUCCUUUGGAAAAUGAUCGAGAAUAUGGAAGUAUUAAAGCGGAUUCCUCAAAAACCUCAUUUCCACCCGUUGUACAACUGCAAGGAAGAAUGUCGCGAAGGAUUAGCCAUAGGGAGUAUGGUAACUUUUACUAGUUUGGUAGAGAGAAUUUCCAAGGCUUGUUUUAAUGAUCCCAAAAGCCACUUAGAUGGGUAUCUAGAAGCUCUUGUGGACUUGGAAGAGCUAGGUUUUAACGUAGCACCCGUAAGAGAGAACUUAAAUACUAUGAUAUCGAUCAAAAGCCGGUUUGAACAAGCUCAAAAUACAUCUCGAGAGAUCGAGAGUCAGAUCAUGGAGCGGAACCUUGAGAAGUCAACAAUCAAAGUGGAGUUGGAAGAUGUAGAUGAGAAGAUAGCGAAGCUGAUGGAAACACGGGCUUUGAUAUUAUCGAAGAAAGAAAGGAAGGAUGCGGAGAUUACGUUGCUUCAAACAAGUAUUGAUUCCAUCAAGGUUACCCUUGAAAGCCCUGAAAAAGAGUUUGAGAAAGUAAAAGCCUCGCUUUGGUAACUAAACCUGCUUAUACCCAAUUCUUUGUUAUUCAUAUAUGUACAGCAAAUUAGCGGAUUCAGAUUAUUGUUUGAUUUCAAAAAACUGUCGUAGUGCUAACAUCGUAGUUCUAGGAAGUAGUAAAAGGCCAGGGAAAGAUGGCUUUUUUUCUCGAAAAGUCAAUAGAAGGUCUCUGCUAUUUAUCACAAAGAACAUGGGCGGCGUUUGUUUACAAUUGCUUCCUUCUACUGCGACAACGAUGCAGCCGUUAUAUCGUGUUAGUAGAGCUGUCCAGGGAACAAGGUGUUGUAAUUGUUUGUUGAGCAAUGAGCAAUGUGCAAUGCUUUUGGUUUAGGAUUUUGCCUUUUCUGUACUAAUGUUGUUUGAUUCGAAUUAAUAUUAAUAAAUUUUUUUUA